AUGGCCAGCUCACUCAUCCUAGCCGGCUUCACAUUAGCCACCGCAGUCCACGGCGCCAGCAAGCCCUGCUCACCAACUUCCAUCUCCUUUCCUGGAAUCGAAGGCCUCAUACAUCACUCCACCACCGCCAAUCCCUUCGCAAACUUCACCCAAAACUCAGGAUGGAAGCCCGAAGCAGCACUCGUGCCCCCAGAAGGCGUGACGGCGUGUAACGUCACCGUCUCAUACGCCCGCCCAAACUCAGACUCUGUCGUCACAGUCUACAUCUGGCUCCCUCUCCACGACACCUAUAACUCCCGCUUCCUGGGCAUUGGUGGCGGUGGGUGGUUGGCGGGUGAAAUCGGCGACGAUGUGAUGGCGGGGUACACCGCGUUAGGAUACGCUGUUGCUACUACGGAUGGGGGGUACCAACAUAACCCAUACUUGACGGCGGAUUCCUGGCUGUUUAACGAUGGGAAACCGAAUCUCGAAGCGUUGGAGAACUUCGCGUAUAGGGGGUUGCAUGAAAUGACGCUCAUUGGAAAACACGUUGCGGCGGAGUAUUACGGCAAGAAACCCGAGUUUUCGUACUGGAGCGGGUGUUCUACCGGCGGGAGGCAGGGUCUCGCGAUGGCGCAGCGGUUUCCGGGGGCCUAUGACGGGAUUCUUGUCGGGUGUCCUGCAGUCAGCUUUCCCGCCUUGCUGAUGGGGAUGUUUUGGCCACAGGUGGUGAUGAACGAGGUGGACGUGUAUCCUUCCGCCUGCGAGAUGGAGGCUAUACAGGACGCCGCGGUCGAGGCUUGUGAUGAGGUGGAUGGAGUCAAGGAUGGAGUUAUUGCGAGGGAUGAAUUGUGUGCGUUUGAGCCGAGGAGCGUUCUUGGGAGGGAGUUUGAGUGUGAGGGUGUGAAGGGGAGGGUUUCGGAAGGGGCGGUUGUUAUUGCUGAGGCUUUAUUGGGGGGACCUGUUGAUGAAGAAGGGGCGAGUUUGUUUCCGGGCUCGACGGCGGGAACUGCGGCGACUGGGUUAAUGGCGUUAGGAAAUACUGUUUGCGAGGGGGGGAUGUGUCGUGGCAGGCCGUUUACGAUUGCUACGGAUUGGAUUCGGUUGUUGGCGAAGAAGGAUGCUGGGUAUGAUCCGUCGAGUAUGACGAGACAAGAGUUUGCCCGGCUGUUCAGGGAGACGGUGGAGGAGUUUGGGGGUAUGAUCGGGAGCGAUAACCCUGAUCUGAAUGAGUUUAGGGAAGCUGGGGGGAAGAUGAUUGCGUGGCAUUCUAUCAAUGACGAGGCUAUCACGAUCAAUGCCAUGAGACGGUAUUACGGCAAGGUCCUGGAGGUUGAUGGGAGAAGAGAGGAGCGAGUUGAGACUGAGGGGUACUUCAGGUUCUUUGAGGUUCCUGGGACUACGCACUGUGCUGCACCCAGAGGGGCCGGGUUUCCUUUGAGGUCUUUGGAUGCUUUGAGGCGGUGGGUUGAGGAGGGCGUUGCGCCGGAAAGGUUGGAUGCUGUUGUUUUGGGACUGGCUGAAGGUAAGGUGGCGGAGAGCAAGGCCCCAUUCUGUAGGUUUCCUCUGGUCGUGAAGGCGGUUGGGAGUGAGUGGACUUGUGUGGAGCGUCAGAAGACUGCGAAGUCUGAGGAGGAGAGGGUGAAGGAUGAGUUGUGA